AUGUCUUCCUCAUCAAAUCGUAGGAGAGAUGAUUAUUCCUAUGACCAGGAUCGUAGUAGACGACGGGACCGUGAUGGCUACUCUGAAAGGCGGAAUCGUGAUGAUGAUGAGCGACGUCCAAGGGAAAGUCAGGAUAGGAAGCCAAGAGAUGUUGACAGGAAAUAUGGCCGGGACAGGGAAAGAGACAGGGAUCAUGCGUACGGAUAUCGUGAACGCGACCGUGAACUAGAACGUAAACGGGAUCGUGAACGCUACGACCAGGAUUCCAGACGUUCAGCCUCCCCUCGACGUCAGCGAUCCAGCUCAAGAUCCAGGUCUGCAUCUCCGCCUAAAGCCAAGCCGAAUUUCGGAGCAUCCGGGCUUUUGGCAGCUGAAACCAACACGGUCAAAAGUAUUGAUGGAAAAAACUCCACGGUGUUGAAGUACAAUGAACCCCCUGAGGCCCGUAAACCCGUUUUGGGUUGGCGCCUUUAUGUUUUCAAAGGAAGUGAACAAGUCGAGUUGCUGCACAUACAGCGUCAGAGCGCGUAUCUUUUUGGUCGAGACCGGUUAGUGGCGGAUAUCCCCAUUGAUCAUCCCUCGUGUUCGAAACAGCAUGCAGUCAUUCAAUAUCGAUACAUACAAGAAAAGAAUGAGUUUGGAGACGUGAAAGGCUCGAUUAAGCCGUUUAUAAUAGACCUGGAAUCUACGAAUGGUACACACGUUAAUGACGAGGUCGUGCCCCCAUCACGCUAUUACGAGCUUCGUGCAUCUGAUGUUAUUAAAUUCGGUUUGUCGACAAAAGAAUAUGUGCUGCUCCAUGAUGAAGUAUCUUCAUAA